CCCUUCUUCCCGGUUCUGACGUAGGUAGUGGGCGUAGGAUCGUCUAACCUUCCACCCUUGAUUCAGCCCCAGCCACUCCGAGCAGGUGCGCCCAGCGAGGCCUCCUUAUCAGAGAGGGGUUAGGUAACCGGUGACCCCAACAACGUCUCCUUUUCUCAUUCUAGCCAGAAUGCAAGCUUCUGGGUUCUUUGCCCAAUGUUUACCCUUCACGUAGCUCGUUUUGACUUUAUUCCAGAUUCCAUCACUUUUAUUGUAGUCAAGAGCAUCACACGAUUCGCAUCGUCCCCUAAAGAACCCCUUUCCGGGAACCAUUCUAAUUGCGACGGACAUACACCACGCCAGCUUCAUCAUGCCAAAGGAGAAUGCUAGCCCCGCCGAGCCCUUGGUGCACCCAGAAACCACCACACCGACGCCCGAAACACCCCCUGAAGUGCAACCGAAAGCGAAAAAGAAGUCACUCUACCAGCGGUAUGUCGACGCCAAGCGCGGGCGCAAUGUUCAGAUCCCCGACGCGGACUUGUUGAAGUACACGGGGAAGACCAAGGAUGAACUUCAAACUUGGGCCAAGGACCGCCCGGGCGUUGCAGGAAACCAGGCCGCCGGCAAGCUCGCGAUGGGACCAGCGGCGGGUCUGGGUGGCAUGGCGGCUGCUGAAGGAUACGGCGGAUGGGGACCAAGUGCGGAAGCAAAGCUGAAGUUUCCACCAAAGGAUGAUCAAGAAGUGAAAAAGGGAAAAUGACGGGAUAUAUAUACACCGUGGUUGGUUUGGGUGGAUUGACCCAUUGCGUGAGCUUUACGAACUGAUGACACAUAUCACAUAUUACCUACGUCUCGUUGAGAUUUUAUACUAUUAGCCGAUAGUUGUAUUCGCCAGGUAUUGAUGAGUCUGAGAUAGCCACUGAGCUAAUUUAUUACACGUC